UACAUUGUAUCGCGCGGGUCAUUGUUGAGUCGCCGCCGGAUACAUUGUGGCCUGUGAUUGGCUGUGGGCGGAGACACCGUGUCACGUGGGGGGACGUUGUGUCACGUGGGGCCAUGGCUCUGGAGGCCAUCAGGUACCGGCGCGGCCGCCUCCACAUCCUCGACCAACUGCUGCUGCCGCACACCACCCGAUACCAGGAGAUCCGGGGCGUCCAGGAGGGCUGGGAGGCCAUCAGGGACAUGAAGGUGCGCGGAGCUCCCGCCAUUGCGGUGGUGGGCUGCCUGAGCCUGGCGGUGGAGCUGGAGCGGGAGCGGGGGGCGAGUCGGGGGAAGCAGGAGAUGGUGACCUUCGUCCUGGACGCGUGCUUCCUGGUGACCGCACGGCCCACGGCCGUCAACCUGGCCCGAGCGGCCGGGGAGCUGAACAGCUUCCUGUCCCUGGAGGCCGCCCGGCCCGAGACCAGCGCGGAGUCACUGCGAGAGAGCCUCCUGUGCCGGAUUGAGGCGAUGUUGGAGAAGGACGUUCAAGACAACCUGAAGAUCGGAAAACACGGAGCAGAUCACAUCCUCGCUGGAGCGAAAGGAGGGAAAGUGAGGAUCCUGACCCACUGCAACACCGGCUCCCUGGCGACCGCUGGGCACGGAACUGCGCUGGGUGUAAUCCGCUCGCUCCACGCGGCGGGGGCGCUGGAGCACGUGUACUGCACAGAAACCCGGCCCUACAACCAGGGGGCGAGGCUGACCGCGUACGAGCUCGUGCAUGAGAACAUCCCCGGCACGCUGAUCGCCGACAGUAUGGCCGCCAUCGCCAUGAAGGACAAAGGCAUUUCAGCUGUGGUGGUGGGAGCGGACCGCGUCGUUGCUAACGGCGACACGGCCAACAAGGUCGGGACCUUCCUCUUGGCCAUCGCUGCCCAGUACCACGCGAUUCCCUUCUACGUGGCGGCCGCCAGCAGCACCUGGGACCCCGCGCUGCCCCGGGGGGACGCCAUCGUCAUCGAGGAACGCCCUCCCGCUGAGCUGACGUCCAUCAACGGGAUCCCCAUCGCCGCUCACGGUAUUAACGUGUGGAAUCCCGCCUUCGACGUCACCCCUCACGAGCUCAUUACGGGAGGGAUUAUCACCGAGUUUGGGGUACACAGGCCGGCGGAGUUGGGGGACGCACUCAGUCGAGCCUUAAAGACGUCCUGACUCCCGUGUGGACCACACAGUCAACCGCAACUUGUACUUGGUAUCCCCGAGCGCUUGAAAGUGGCGGAGUCUGACCCCCGAGCGAGUCGGGGAGAG